AAUUUGAAUAUACGUCUAGUUUCAUUGGAUGAGAAAUAAGAAAUGAAUUAAAUACAUUUUAGCCGCUACGUACGUUCGUUCUUCACCACCACACCACUGCCGUCACAGCCAGCCUGUCUGUUGUUUGUUCUAAUCCCAUACACUAAAUUAUCAUUUACCGUUUUUAAUCAACACUAAUCAUCCUCCUCAAAAACAAACAACUAUUCAUUCUUUAUUCUAUUCCAUUCUAUUAAUUAAUAAUAAUUAACUAAUAUUUCCUUGACGAUAACCCAUUUGAAAACGAUUAAUACCGAUUUGUCCCCUUUCGCCGUUUCUUCCUCUUUCUCUCUCAUCAUCAUAACCUUUCCGACUCUGUUAUCAUUCAUUCUUUCUUUCUCUCCUAUUUCCCUUUCCCUUUUCUCUCUUUCUUUCCUUCUCAUUUCCCUCAACCACUCCGAUUCAAUUGAGGUUAAGAGUUUUUUCAUCAGAUCUACCACGAUCUAUGGCGGAAGAGCACCGAUGUGAAACCCCAGAAGGUCACAGACUCUGCGCUAACAACUGCGGAUUCUUCGGUAGUUCAGCUACGAUGAAUCUCUGCUCAAAAUGUUACAGAGAUAUUCAUUUGAAGGAGCAAGAACAAGCCAAAACCAAAUCAACGAUCGAAACCGCUCUUUCAUCAGCCUCCACUUCAACCGCCGUGGUUGUUGCAUCUCCGGUACCGGAAAUCGAAUCUCUCCCUCAAACUCAACAACCGGCGUUGACUAAACCGUCGAUCGUGCCUGAUGAAUCGGAUUCAUCGAUCGGAUCGGUUCAACCGAAUCGAUGCGGAACGUGUAGGAAACGGGUCGGGUUAACCGGAUUCAAGUGUAGAUGUGGAAGCACGUUUUGUGGGACCCACAGGUAUCCAGAGAAACACGAGUGCGGUUACGAUUUCAAAGCCAUCGGGAGAGACGAGAUAGCGAAAGCGAAUCCUGUGAUCAAAGCUGAUAAGCUGAGAAGAAUUUGAUUUGAUCUUCGCCGUUCGAUGAGUUGAUCUGGACCGUUCAUGUGGCGAUGCUUGAAUGAAAUGAAAUGUAUAAAAUCUAUUUUUAUCUAUUAAAAAAGGUUGAAUAAGUCUUUUUAUUUUUUUAAGUGCCUUUGCUUUGUAUUAAAGGGAAGAAAAAAAAAAGUGAUUUUCUUAUGUUGGAUAUGGAAUUGAAAAUUUUAAGUCCACACUCACGCGUUUGGAAAUUAUUAUGGUGUGGUCCAAAUUGUAAAGCGUUGCCGUUUAAUAUUUUAGAAGCAUAUUAUUAUGGCAA